CACUGCAGAAAAAAAAAAAAAAAAAAAAAAAAAGAACUUUGGCUUGUGACACCACACCUGCCAAAAUUUCGGUCAUUUUCCUACCCUUAUUUUCCGUUUUGCUUUCUCAGAAUCCAAACGCUGAGAAUCAGAACGUAGACUUCAGAUAUCUGAUGGAGAAAAGAAAGAAGCUUGGUGGGUUUUGAGAGAGAGAGAGAGAGUCUGCAGGUUUCUGUAUGGGAGAAAGAGAGAAAAUGGGUAAGAAAGAUGAUGGUUUGGGGUUGGGAUUGGGGUUGGGGUUGGGUUUGAGUUUGAGCUUGGGUUGUGGUACUGGGAAUCAGGGUUUUGUGGAAAAUAAUCCCAUACACAAGCCUUCACAGUUGGUGCAAAACCAUACUCAGAAGGGUCCAUGGAAUGAGAUGUUUCAGUUACCUGACAGAAACCCAGAUACGAGGUCGUUCUUGGGAGGAGUGGACGUGAACCGGUUGCCAUCGAUGGUGGACUGUGAGGAUGAAAAUGGAGUUUCUUCGCCGAACAGCACAGUGUCGAGCAUAAGCGGGAAGAGGAGCGAGAGAUCGGAGCCAAACGGAGAAGAAAACGAGGCCGAGAGGGCUUCAUGCUCUCGCGGGAGCGACGAGGAAGACGGCAGUGGCUGCGACACGUCCAGGAAGAAGUUGAGGCUAUCAAAGGAGCAGUCGUUAGUGCUGGAGGAGACCUUCAAGGAGCACAAUACUCUCAAUCCAAAGCAAAAGCUGGCUUUGGCAAAGCAUCUGAAUCUGAGCCCGAGACAAGUGGAGGUGUGGUUUCAGAACAGGAGGGCAAGGACUAAGUUGAAGCAGACUGAGGUAGAUUGCGAAUACAUGAAGAGGUGUUGUGAGAAUUUGACGGAGGAGAACAGGAGGCUGCAGAAGGAGGUUCAGGAGCUUAGAGCGCUGAAACUCUCUCCACAGCUUUACAUGCACAUGAACCCUCCCACAACACUCACCAUGUGCCCUUCAUGUGAGCGUGUGGCUGUGUCCUCCUCCUCCUCCACUCCCCCUUCCUCCUCCACCGUCGCUGCCCCAGCUGGCCAGAACCGCCACCGAGUUGCUCCCCAUGUCCAACGGCCCGUACCCAUUUACCCGUGGGCACCAUUGCCCAUCCAUAAUCGGCCGUCCGAUGUGCCUGCAUCACGAUCAUGAUUGCGGUAAGGCCAAGUAGUCGAUUCAAGGGCAUUGUGAUCGUUUGGAGGAAGUGGGGAGAAUCAUGAGGACAGAAUUUUAUUAAGUCAAGUCUGGGCAUAUCUGUUUUUCUUAUGUCAAGUCUAGAUAGAGAAAAAGGUUGCAAAAGGGGGACAAAGAUAAAGAACUUUUGUGAUCAUUCAUGAACGUCAACUAGGAUGAGUUCUCUUUUACUUUUACUUUUUUCUGUUUUUUUUAGCGUAAAGUAGGAUGACUUGAAUGGUACAAUGAGAUAGACUCUUGGGGACAAUUAAAAAGGAAGCUUUAUAAUUUAUUGUUCUGA